AUGAUUACGAGAUUGAUGAAACAAUAUAAACCAGAAAUGAGUUAUUGGUCUAAUAAAGAAAACAUUAAACCAAGCAGUCUUGUAAUCAAGAUAAUUGAAAUGUUCAAAUUUACCAUUAGGUAUCAAUCUUUCACGGAUAUAAUUUUGAUCAGUUGCAGAAUCAAUAAGGACUUUAGAAGUAAAUUUGAAUUAUUUGUUGACUACAAUAGUCAUACUAUUUGCAACAGUGUUAAAGAGUCAAGGAUAUUAGCAAGGACAGUCAGACCAUACUAUGUUUUACCGUCUGAAACUAGAAUGAAAGCUAUCCUGAUUGUAUAUGUUGAUGACAUAAUAUUGACCGGAGAUAAUAUAUUGGAACUAGAGAGACUUAAAAAAAACUUGCCCACAGAGUUCGAAAUAAAAGAUCUGGGUCAGAUGAGAUAUUUCUUGGGAAUGGAGUUAGCAAGAUCAAAGAAGGGAAUCAGUGUUUCGCAACGAAAAUACGUUCUUGAUCUUUUAACUGAAACAUGCAUGCUUGGAUGUAAAUCUAGUGACACUCCUAUAGACCAAGGAAGAAAAGGGGAAGACACUGGAAAAUCAGUUGAAAAAGACAGAUAUCAACGGCUAGUUGGCAAACUAAUCUAUCUCUCACACACUAGACCUGACAUUGCAUUUGCAGUUAGUGUGGUAAGCCAAUACCUGCAUUCUCCAAAGGAAGCUUACUUAGAGGCAGUAUAUAGAAUACUUAGAUAUCUCAAAGGUACUCCUGGAAAUGGACUCUUCUUCAAGAAAAAUGAAAGAAAGGAAGUAGAAGUCUUUACUGAUGCAGAUUGGGCUGGAUCAUUAGAAGAUAGGAGAUCAACUACUGGCUAUUGUACCUUUGUGUGGGGAAAUUCGGUAACCUAG